GCCAGACCUACGCCAUACACCACUGACUUGUGCAACGUUUCUUGGUUUUCCUCGGUCAACGGUUUUUACACAGCAUGCGUCCUUUCGCCAUUUUCCAGAGCGCGUUUGCACUCGCGUCGCUGUUGUACUCGGUUUCUGCUAGUCCACUUGAGGUUUCCCCGCCCGAAAUUGAGGUCGAGGCUGUCUUCCCGGAGAGCAAUCCCUUCGGUCACAUUGUGAAUGGCGAGCGGAACCAAAUCCUCCUUGCAAUUGAGAACAAGUCGGACAGAAACGUCACGCUUCAGUCUAUCGCUGGCUCUUUCCAUCAUCCGGAGACAAAUGGUCUCUUGCGAAACACCACUGCACUCAACUACGGCCUACGGCUGAUCGAGGGUGCUAAGCUUCAGCUUCCGUACACGUUCCAUAGCGAGUUUAAGCCGGGUGACAUACGGCUUAACGUCUGGUUGGACGUCACUGAGGACGAGAACUUCCGUAUCAUGGCCUAUGACUCCAUAGUCACCGUUGUAGAGCCCGAGGCUUCCUGGUUUGACUUCAAGCUGAUUUCGACCUACCUCAUUGUUGCUGGCCUUCUCGGCGGUGGCGCCUACUACGCGUACCUUGCGUACGCGCCUCAGCCUAAGAAGCAGCGCAAGCGUGUCAACGCCAAUCCCUCCGAAGUCAGCUCACCCGUUGGAACUGUCACCGCCACUGGCGCUGGAGGCUACCAGGAAGAGUGGAUUCCCGCGCAUCACCUCAAGAAGGGGAAAGGCAAGAAGACUGGCGCUUUGAGCAGUGGUGACGAGUUCAGCGGCGCCGAGACCAGCGGUAAUGAGGGCAGGAAGCGCAAAGGUCGCAAGUAAUUACUCUACAGCUCCCGUAGUAUGUAUUUCGUAGGACCAAAAAGUCUACGCUAUUCUCUAUUUGAGGUUUUCGUGCAAACGUGCUUUGUUAUGGGACUCCAUACAUAUGUCCCUACAAAAUUUCCACGGUUGACGUGCAUCCUUUCCCUUGCUAGUGAAUGCGAUGUUCUAUGGUAUGCGUUAGUCCGCAGAGUGUGUGACAGAGUCUGGGGAUAGCAAUUAAACGUCUAUGUGUUUGUAGCCCUUGACCUUGUUUUCCUGGAGCAUCUGGAGGUACUUGUCUGACAGCCACCUGCAGCUCUCAAGGUGGUUGACGCCCUCAUAGCGUUGGCAUUUGACAAGCUCGUCGCGGACCAGGCGUGCCUCCAUUGCCUUCACCCAGGACUCUCGCACGUAAUCGUCGCGUUCCCGGACCUUGGCUUUGAGAGCUUCUGCGUUCGGAGCGUCGGACAUGGUGGC